CUACCAAACUUUACUAGAGAACAAGACAACAAAUUGAUAAAACUUAUUUGGUUUAUUUAUUUAGAAUAAGAAAAUAAAGUCUGCAAUAUGGGUGAUACUAAAGCCAAUCCCUUUGAUAUGGACAGCUCCACUUUCGACGCAGAAAAGUAUUUGGAAAGGUUGCUAAAGGACUGUUCCCUAAAGCAAAUAAUGGAUACUGAGGCGGCGGUUGUGAAAGACACCCAAACUCUGCACUCCGACAUGCAGACUUUAGUCUACGAGAAUUACAAUAAGUUCAUCUCCGCCACGGAUACAAUUCGCCGAAUGAAAGAUGACUUUAAGCAGAUGGAAACAGACGUUAAUUUGCUGAUGACUAAGAUGCAGUCUAUAACCACUUUUAGUGAGCAAAUCACCGGAACCCUGCAGGGCACCAGAUCUCAACUAUGUCGCUUGUCCGAAAAGCAUUCACUGCUCAAGCGGCUGCAGUUCCUCUCAACCCUUCCAGCCAAACUAAAAUCCCUGAUUGAAGAGCAAAACUACUCCCAAGCUGUGCAGGAUUACCUGCAUGCCCAGAAAGUGUUCGCCCAAUACGGCCGUCAGCCAUCGUUUGACGGAAUUCAACGAGAUUGCGAUGCCAUUAUGGCGGACCUAAAAGAACAAUUAAGGAAGGACUUUCAAAGGGCAGGAAAUACGGCCCAGUCGUUAACAGAGAUUGGAGAGCUCCUCCUGCAACUGGACGAGAAGACCUCGGAUCUAGCCAGUGAGAUGCUCACUUGUGCGGGAAAGCGACUUCACGAGCAGAUAGUUAUGCUGCAAGAUCAAACAGAGCGGGAUAUGCUGGAGUUCGUGGACAUGGGCAUCGAUGGAUUCCUCAACGAUUUGGCACUCGUGGUGACCUCCUACUUUGACAUGUUUGUGGCCAAGCACUACGAGCAGGAGCGUGACGACUUCCAGGAGAAUGCCCUCCAGGAGCUGAAUGUCUUCCUUAAUCAAAACAUCGAUAAGUAUCUAACACUUGUCCAGGAUCGCGUGGAAUCAGACAUUGGCUAUGGAGACACCCAAGUGAUGCUACGUGCUCUAGAUCGCCUGCAUCGACGCCUGCAAGCAAUGCGAAAUAUCUGCCGCGGUUUGGAAGUGCAACGCAACACAGUAUCCAUUAUAAUAUCCGCUGCCCACCAACUCUGCGAUGCGCAUGCAAAAAACCUCAAGGAUCACUUUGCUGAUAGCUUGAGUGCUGUUCGCUUAUCCCUGGUGUCCGCCAAAAGCGAUGCAGCUGCUGGUCUCAAUCUCAAUGACCUGAUCAGCAACCUGUACGUCGCCAUGGUGGAGAAGAUCAAGGGCGUGCUACAGGACUUGCUUAUAUUCUUGCGCACCGACUGGUCAUUUAACAUCAAGGCGGAGCACAAGGGCGCCUUGUGCGUGGAGGGAAUAAGAGAGAACCUGCUUAUUGGCUUCCUGCGUCAUAUCGCCAAAGUGAUGUGCGGUUUUGGAGAUGCCUCCAGCUCCAGUCCACCGAAUCUUCUACUAGUGCUUUCUAAAACGUGUCUGGAACUGGAACAGCAGGGCGUUCACAUACUGAUUGCAUUGGUGGAUGAUCUAUACGAAAUCGAUUCGGAGAACAGCGCCACACUUACCCACGAAACGGAGAUCUGUGCGGAGAUGCGGGAAACGGCUCAGGCACUACUUGACUCUUAUGUACGCCUUCAAGGUAACAAUAUCUCACAAAUGCUUCGCAAAAGCGUGGAGACACGGGACUGGCUCAACUGCCUGGAACCACGAUCCGUGCGAGCUGUAAUGAAACGUGUGGUGGAGGAACUGAGCAGCAUUGAAACUGUGGUCGCCAGUCUCUACGAGGCAAACCCAAAUACAACGUCAGGAUUCCGCACAACGGCCAGCAGCGAUUCCAGCCGUAAAACAUACUUCAGCAACUUUGCAUCAACCUCCAAGCCACAAUACCGAUCCAAUUGGUCUAACUACACGCCUUCGCAACUGGAAUCCAGCUACGUGUCAAACAUACAUCGCUUGUUCUCGGAGCGAGUUGAGAUCUUUACUUCGGUGGAGUUCACUAAGGCCUCUAUUGUGAUGGGCAUUAUUAAAAUUGGUCUAAAGACCCUUCUUGAGUGCGUGAGGUUAAGAACUUUCAGCAAAUACGGACUGCAGCAGAUCCAAGUGGAUGCGCACUAUCUGCAAAUGAAUCUCUGGCGGUUUGUUAGCGAUGAAAACCUGGUCAACUUCCUGCUGGACGAGAUCCUUGGCUCAGCUGUGCAACGCUGCUUGGAGUCCGUUUUAAUGGAGCCCAAUGCUGUGGAAAUUAUUUGUGAACGGGGUUAGUAUUGGUUUCCAAAAAUUUUAACAACAUUCCACUUAAAAUCUCCGUCUAUUUUGUUAAACGCUGCUAGCCUAAGGAUCUUAAAAUAAACGUCUCUGUUUCUUAAUAGAAAAA